AUUCUUUGUUACAAAGCUCGCAGCAAAUAAAAUGGAUCUUCUCAACACGGUGCGCAAGGAAGGCUCGAGAGGCGGACGGGCAGACUUCAAAUGGUCCGAUGUGCAAACAUCCCAGCACCGGGAGAACUAUCUCGGACACUCGCUCAUGGCUCCAGUUGGUCGCUGGCAGAAAGGCAAGGAUCUCAGCUGGUACGCGAAAGCGAACGGAAACGAAGAUGAUGCUGAGGCGAAGAGAAAGGAGGAAAUUCGUCGAGUCAAAGAGGCAGAAGAAGAAGCUAGAAGAAUAGCACUAGGCUUGCCCCCGAAAACGACAGUAGAAGAGAAUCCAAACCUAGUCGAUGUUGGAGCAGGUAGAAAGGAAACGCGGAGGAGGUCAAGAAGUCGGAGCAGAGAGAGGCGUAGGAGAGAUCGAUCGCGAAGCAGAGAGAGGGAGCACAGGCGACGCGAGAGAUCGCCUGAACGUCGCCAUGAGAGGGACCACGAUCGUCAUCGUGACCGAGACUCAGACCGAGAUCGAGAGCGCCGCAGAGAUCGGUCUGAAGACCGCGAGGAAAGAAGACGUGAAAGAUCAUUCGAUCGAGAGGAUAGUCGACGGGACCGAUCGCGAGAGCAUGAUCAUGAGAGAGACCGCGACCGGUAUCGUGAGCGAGACUCAGACCGCGGUCGAGAGCGACACAGAGGUAGAUCUGAGGACCGCGACGAGAGGAGACUUGAAAGAUCAUUCGAUCGAGGGGAUAGACGACGGGAUAGAUGCCGCUACGAUGAUCUCACUAAUAGACGCAGGGACAGAGAGAGGCGCGACGAUUACGAUGAUAAUUAUCGGGGCAGAGAGCGGGACGAUCGCCGCAGGGACGAUCGCCGUCGUGAUGGCUCACGAAGCGGCAUGCGCAGGUGCAGAGAGCGCAGUCAUGAACGAGCCCCUCCGCCACGCUCGCAUCAAGACGGUGGAAUGACGUUUUUGACCGAUCGUCCUGGAGGCGAGUCAUACAGACCAGGCAGGCGCGAGGAGCGUCGCAGGUCGAGAUCUAGAUCACGGUCGCCUGUCAGAAGGAAGGACGACGGCGAGCGGCGUGGCAGGUACGAGAGAAGGAGAGAAGACGAGAGACGAAGGAGAAGUCCCAGUACGAGCAGCAGGAUGACAGAUUGCUGAGCAUCUUGACGCAUGGUGUAACGCGCGAGAACGGCAGCUGCUCAAAACCUCGACAUAAGCCUGUAUCUCGGAUACGGCUUUUGCAUGUACACUAGGAAUUUGCAGACGGCAACAAUCAGGCUUCUUAACGUCGUAAUUCAAUGGAUCAUCGAAGCGGAGACGAUUGACUCGUAGAUUGGUCGAGCAGAUUUAAUGCUAUCUUUCACAAUGUCUACAUAGUUUAGAACUACAUGUGGCGUCAUUUGGAG